CGUCCUCGUCCGCAUCCUCAUCCUCGUCGCCAGCCUUGUCCUCAUCCUCAUCCCUGUCCCCAUCCUCAUCCUCAUCCUCAUCCUCAUCCCCAUCCUCACCCUCACCCUCAUCCUCAUCCUCAUCCACAUCCCCAUCCCCAUCCUCAUCCUCAUCCCUAUCCCCAUCCUCAUCCUCAUCCUCAUCCCCAUCUUCAUCCUCAUCCUCAUCCCCAUCCCCAUCCUCAUCCUCAUCCUCAUCCUCAUCCCCAUCCUCACACUCAUCCUCAUCCCUAUCCUCAUUCCCAUCCCUAUCCUCAUCCUCAUCCUCAUCCCCAUCCUCACACUCAUCCUCAUCCCUAUCCUCAUUCCCAUCCCUAUCCUCAUCCCCAUCCUUAUCCUCAUCCUCAUCCCCAUCCCCAUCAUCAUCUUCAUCCCCAUCCUCAUCCUCAUCCUCACCCCCACCCUCAUCCCCAUCCACAUACUCAUCUUCAUCUGCGUUACCAUCCUCAUCCUCAUCACCAUCCUAAUCUUUCUUUGCCCUCCUUACAAUCACCCUCAUGCUCAUCCUCGUCCGCAUCCUCUUCUCGUCGCCAUCCUUGUCCUCAUCCUCAUCCCUAUCCCCAUCCUCAUCCUCAUCGUUAUCCUUAUCCUUAUCCUCAUCCUCAUCCUCAUCCUCAUAACGUACAAUUUGGAUACUAAAAAAAUUUGGAAUUGCUUAAAAUCAAUGGAUGACUCUAUAAAAUACAAAGACACUCCACCAAUUGCAGAAGAGGAUGGGAUGAAUUAUUUCCAGUGUCUGCAUUCUAAUAAGCCACUUACUUAUGACCAACAGAACGUUGUUAAUGAGUUAAGAACACGAGAAGACAUCGUAAUGCAAUCACGACCUCUAGACUACUUCAUAACAGAAGCUGAAAUAAGCAAGGCAGCAAGAAAAUUAAAGAAUAACAUACUCCCACAAAAUAAGAAACGGAAUGAUUAAAGCUACAACCAGUUACAAAAAUGAUGAGACACUCCCACGGAAAAACGACCUUUCUUGCUUCAAAUCGCUCCUGGUCACAGGUCUGUAAAAUAUAAUACUGACCUCCCUCCUCCCUCCCAUUCAAAGUUGUUCCUCCAAGUUUUGAGUAUGGUCUUGUAUUGCUAGCAACUUUGAUAAGGGGUGGAGGGGGGAUCACAAGCACAAGAUCAUGGACAGGCCAUUUAUGCCAAAAUACGGUACAGUGUCUCAAGUACUUUUGCAACUGGUUGUCUCAUUUAAGGUUUACUUCAACAAGCGAUUUCCACGUCUUAAAUUCCCAAAACGAAGACUAUAGCGACAUAAAUAAAUAGAAUGACACUUUGUGUUGCUUUUCCCAGCCGAUACAUCAUUGUCAUUGAUAGCAAACUGCCUAAAAAAGCGCUUAAGAAUGUAGUGACUUGUAAAUUUUGCCUCAGUUUUGUUGUUACGCAUGCGCCAUUAUCUACCGUGACAUAGCUUAAAGUUUCGGCGUUGUAAUUAAACUCUGAGAAGCGCGAAUGCAUAAUAACAGCAUAAUUUUCCUUUUCUUGGUAUUUAGAGAUACUAUAGUUGCGAAUAAAGCUGCCAAACCUUCAUUUUCACCCCUAUAGCUGUAACGCAAAGACAUUUGAUAUGCAAUGGCGUUAUGUAAUCGGUAUACCGCGUGACUUAUUUUUCAACAUCGCUGUUAAAGUAAAACCGUUCAGUUUUUUUCAUCUACUACGGUGAAAAUAAGAUGGUUAUUAAAGUCCGUUAGAGCUAGAAAGCAGAAAAAGUUGUGUGCUAUGUUAAUUUCUAUUUUCUGACGGUCUACCAUCACCACGGUCUACCAUUCUGCAACAGUAAGAAAUAGAAUAUAUUAUUAUAUUUAUCUCAUAUGAUGGUAGACCGUGUAGACCGUGUAGACCGUUGAAGCACGUAAAUUCCUGACAUUGCUGUGCUGGAAAAGUGCUUUUCUUGGGGAUAGUGUCUUCCUUUUUGCAAAGAAAUAAAUUUCCUUACCAAGUACAGAACUAUAAAGCCACGUUAUAUGCGAGCUCUCGCGUCUAUGUUACUGAAAUACGCACGUGAAUUUUCAUUAUCUGAUGCCUAUAGCCACACUCGGGCUUCAAAAUCGAAACAAAGUUGUGAGACGACCAAAGAGUAAACACAAAUCCAAACUUGUGUUAAGUAAAGUAAAGUCGCCAACAGCUGCUUUUUAGCGUAACUUUUCUUUCCUGUAAAUGGCAGGCGAUAAAAGAGGAACCACGUCCACGUACUUAUCGGAAACAACACCAAAAAGCUAUCUCCUUGAUCUAGCGGGGCAUCUUACGUCACUUUCCUUCCAUAAAUAAACAUCUUUUAACCGAGUUCGAAGAAAAUAUAUUAUUUUUGGCAUCUCUGUAGCGUUUUAGGACCAAAAACCCCUUUCAUUGCAGCUUACUUAAGAUGGUGUGGCAUCUUUUGCCACGUGCUUCCUUUCAAAGCCCAAUUUCUUGCAUAUUACCACAUAAACAAGAGGGCCAACAACUGCCGUUUUUGUCUCGCCAUUUUUAAACAGGCAAACCGACAAAAAUGAAAUACUGUUUUUUAUAACCACCUCCUUAGGUGCUAAGAGUGCACCACGUUUUACCCCGUUUAAUAAUCGUGCACCACGGCUAUAGGAGUAUGAAGGACUCAGACAACCAGUUACAAAAAUGAUGAGACACUCCCACGGAAAAACGACCUUUCUUGCUUCAAAUCGCUCCUGGUCACAGGUCUGUAAAAUAUAAUACUGACCUCCCUCCUCCCUCCCAUUCAAAGUUGUUCCUCCAAGUUUUGAGUAUGGUCUUGUAUUGCUAGCAACUUUGAUAAGGGGUGGAGGGGGGAUCACAAGCACAAGAUCAUGGACAGGCCAUUUAUGCCAAAAUACGGUACAGUGUCUCAAGUACUUUUGCAACUGGUUGUAGCUUACCAACACUGCUACCUGUUUACCAUAAUACUGUUCUUAAGUCAGGAACAGUGCCUGAAAAUUGGUGCAACGGUCUUAUAACUCCCAUAUUUAAAUCUGGCGUAAGAAAUGACCCAUCAAAUUACCGCGGGAUUUGUGUUUCUAGUUGCCUAUGAAAGUUGUUCUUUUCAAUUUUAAAGACUCCUUGAACACGUCACUUCGCUGAACAUACUCCAAAAGUCUUAAAUCGGCUUCUUACCGAAAAAUCGAACAUCAGACCACCUCCUAGCAUCACGAACUCUUAUAGACAGGUACGUACACUGUCACGGUGAAAAAGGUCACGGUGAGACAAUGAUCUGACCGAGUAUCAGGUUUGAUUAUAAGCUUAUAGAACUUUAAAAAGCCUUUAGACAUUUUCUCACUGCAAAUAGAAAGAAGACGUUCCAAAGAAUAUUUAGUUAUAAUUUUGGCUGUAAAAGAAAGCUUUGGGUGAUUUUCUUGCCUCGAGUUCAUCUUUGAAAAAAGAAAACACCGGGAAGCCGGCUUAAAUCAAGAGCCAUUAUGGCUCUUAAUUGUGAUCGAAGAUGAUUGCUAUUUUUUGGGUGUACAUAUGAGGCUAUCAACUCUAUGUAAGAUUAAGUUCAUUCUUAGAUGGACUGUUUGCAAAAUAUUUUUCUCUAAAAUCACGUAGCCUUUCCCUCAAAAGUCACAUGAAUGUGCUCUAAAGUUAACUGAUUUGUGGAGUAUAAGUUUAUUGUUUGAUUUAAAUUAUAAAUUCGAGUUAAUAGGAGCUUCGCUUUUAGCCCUGGCUAAAGCUAUAAUAUAUUACGUUAAUGACUUACCGUCCCCAUUUCAAAAUACUUUAUCAGACCCUAUCAUCCUUCCAAAUGGUACCAAAUUAAAUUCGUAUUUAUAUGCUGAUGAUUUAAUUAUUAUAUCACGAUCUAAAAUAGGAUUACAGUACUGUCUCAACACCGACUAUCCUCUUUUUUCAACCCUUGGAUGUUAGAUAUAAAUUCCAAAAAGACCAAAGUUAUGAUCUUUCAAAAACAAGCGAAGAAAAACUCCAAUCUAGAAUUCCAUGUAGGCAAAGAAGCCAUUGAUAUUGUCCAUGAAUAUACAUAUUUAGGAACCCGUAUCUCCUCAACCGGUAAUUUUAAUAUCUCACUUGAACACUUGAAAGAGAAGGCUCUUCAUGCUCUUUUUAGUUUAAGAAAAAACACAAACUUUAGCAAAUUAAAACCUUCUCUUGCUUGCAAAAUAUCUGAAGCGAUUAUUUCCCCAAUAUUAUCAUAUAAUAGCGAAAUUUGUGGUGUACAUGUAAAACAUGAUUUUAAAGCUUGGAACAAUACCCCAACUGAAAAAACCCACUUGAAAUUUCGCAAGCGUUACCUAGAAAUAAGCAAUAAAGCUUCAACUAUUGCAAGUAGAAGUGAAUUAGGACGAUUCUCAUUAAUUAUUAAUAUUUACAAAAACAUCCUUUAUUACGUAUUAUAUCCUCUGCUUACUAUUGCUAUCUUACUAUUGUUAAACAAGCCUUUCGUACCUCACUAGAACUUCACUGUAAAAAUAGCUUUUACCAUAGUCUUAUGAAAAUAUCUGAAUAUUAUGACCUGCCCGAUUUUGAUCCUAAUAAUUUGAGUGAAGCUAAGAUCAAAUGCUAUAUAGAUAUAAUAAGACAAAAAUAUAUUACAUAUUGUCAACAUACAAUCUAUGAUUCUAAGAAACUGCAAUUUUACAGCUUAUUUAAACAUGACUAUAAAAUUUCAAGCUAUCUAGACUUCAUGAGAAAUUCAACCAAUAGGGAAGACUUAGUGAAAAUUUGUAUAAGUAACCACAAACUCAUGAUUGAAACUGGAAGGUAUAAUCAAACUUCCCGCAACGAUAUAUUCUGCCCUAUUUGUAACUCUGUUAUAAUUGAAGCUAGAUGAAUUUAAUUUUCUCUUCCAUUGUCCAAAAUAUUCAAUCCCAAGGGAGAAAUUCUAAAAUCAAAAUCCAACAAACUUUUGUCGAAUUAAUAAUUAAAUUGAUGAAUUCACAGAAUUUUCCAUAAAUUCACAUUUGUUGAAAUUUGUCUCAUUAUGUAUUGAUUUACGUACUAAUUUGUUAUCAAAUCAUGUUAGUGACAAUUGAUUGACUGUGGUAAUCAUUGCAUUGCAUUAUCAUUGUUAUAAAUUGUAACUUUAUGUUAAAGCUUUUGCAAUACUGUAACUACAUAAUUAUAGUCAUGCAAAUAAAGCUUAUGUUGUUGCUGUUGUCAUCCCAUCUUUAUCCUCAUCCUUACCCUCAUCCUCAUCCUCAUCCCCAUCCCCAUCCCCAUCCUUAUCCUCAUCCUCAUCCCCAACCAUCCUCAUUCUCAUCCUCAUCCCUAUCCUCAUCCCCAUCCUUAUCCUCAUCCUCAUCCCCAUCCCCAUCUCCAUCCUUAUCCUCAUCCUCAUCCUCAUCCUCAUCCCCAUCCCCAUUCCCAUCCUUAUCCUCAUCCUCAUCCUCAUUCUCAUCCUCAUCCCCAUCCCCAUCCCCAUCCUUAUCCUCAUCCUCAUCCCCAACCAUCCUCAUUCUCAUCCUCAUCCCUAUCCUCAUCCCCAUCCUUAUCCUCAUCCUCAUCCCCAUCCCCAUCUCCAUCCUUAUCCUCAUCCUCAUCCUCAUCCUCAUCCCCAUCCCCAUUCCCAUCCUUAUCCUCAUCCUCAUCCUCAUUCUCAUCCUCAUCCCCAUCCCCAUCCCCAUUCCCAUCCUUAUCCUCAUCCUCAUCCUCAUCCUCAUCCUCAUCCCCAUCCCCAUCCCCAUCCUUAUCCUCAUCCUCAUCCCCAACCAUCCUCAUUCUCAUCCUCAUCCCUAUCCUCAUCCCCAUCCUUAUCCUCAUCCUCAUCCCCAUCCCCAUUCCCAUCCUUAUCCUCAUCCUCAUCCUCAUCCUCAUCCCCAUCCCCAUUCCCAUCCUUAUCCUCAUCCUCAUCCUCAUUCUCAUCCUCAUCCCUCAUCCCUAUCCUCAUCCCCAUCCUUAUCCUCAUCCUCAUUCCCAUCCCCAUCUCCUUCCUUAUCCUUAUCCUCAUCCUCAUCCUCAUCCUCAUCCCCAUCCUCAUCCUCAUCCUCAUCCUCAUCCUCAUCCUCAUCUUUAUCAUAUACAUUUCCCAAAAGUAAUGAUAGCAACAUUUCAGGUUAAAACACCGUAAUUUUCAAUUACAUUUUUGUCCUUAGUAUUGUCAGGCCGUUUUUUACAUGAGGAAACUUUCAAAGUUUGAUUUUAAGUGACGCGACACGAGGAAACAUCUCUUUUUCAAAAACGUAGUGUUCCGCACGUUUUUGCUUUUUGUUCCUUUAAUUGCUUUAGGAACAACCUAGAAACGCACAAUACAGGAACUUUAUUUCCACAAUAGGAACAAAGGUCGGCAAAUUUCGGAACAAUCUGGUCCGUUAGCAGCAAAUUGGAACACAAAGUUCCUUUUCAUUUUAGUCAAAAGGAACAACAGGUUCCUCUUUUAUCCUUCUGGAACAAAAGGUCCUCUUUCAACUGUUCCGAUUUCCCUUCAUGUUCCUUUCGAAGCGAUUGGGGAACAAAAGUUCUCAAUCUAAUUUCUCGCUCGACACAGUAAGGAACAAAUUGUUCCUAUUUACUGGCAUAUCCACUGCUGUUCGGAACGCCUUGUUCCCUUUCGGUUCAAAUUGUUCCUAUUCAUGCCCAACAGGAACGGAAUUGUUCCUAAUCGAGGUGGUUUUUUGUUCCUCAAGAUGAGUGUUAUGUUCCGCGUAUAAAUGGGAACAGGUUUCGAAUUUGUGACAAAGGAACUGGCGUUCCAUUUUGCGUAAAGUGUAAAAAAGGAAUAGGGAACAAUAGUUCCUAUUUAUCGUAGGCUAUCUGAAACUACUGUCCAUCACCUCCGCUAUAAAAAUUUAUCAAAACAUAUUUCCUUCAACAAUUAAGUUAAGUACGAGACUUGCCCGCUACAUCUUUAAUCUCGUUCGGGCUUGCCCUCGCAAGUUCAAGUUUGUGUCUUUGUUCCCUUUGAUUAAUUGUGUACCAGAUACGGACAAGAAAACAACGGGGCAAGGGCAAGAAUGACCAAGUGUGGGCAGAGAUGGGCUAACAAUUACCUCAUUGGCGAAUAGGAUGAUCUCUUGGGGACCCUUUUGCUAGUAUAAGUACAUGCAUACUUUACAAAGAUAUUGAUUUCAAGCUAAUGCUUAAGAUGAACAAACGAGGCAAGGAUGUCAACUGGUCAAAGUUAGCAAAUGCAUCGCCUAAACCAAAGAGACUUCACUUAGAAGAGGAUGACUGUGAUGGUCUUUUCUCACUGCCCAGUGCAAAUUUGUAACCACGAGGGAUUCACUACGCAAAGAGGUUGUAGAAAACACGUAAAGAACAAACACAGUUGGUACUAUUACUUCGACGAGAAGCCAGACAGUGCUCAAAUCGAUACGCUUAAUGUCGAUAAAACCAGCAAAUGUGAAGCCAGUGAUCAGAAGAUUACACCGCGUAAAAGCAGGGCAAUUGCCUCUUUUGAUCCUAUAAACAAAAUUGCCAAGAACUUUUUUCGUGGCUCACUGGCACUGGUGGAGGCUGUAAAAGUGAUCGACAAGCACAACAGAUCGUUAGCAAGUGCUUAAAGUUUCUCAAAUUUUGUUGCGAGGACGAAGAGGAGGUCACAUUUGACAUUGUGGACUUUAGUUUAUGUUCACCUAAUCUCCUUUUUAAGUUUGUUGAUACGAUGCAGGAUGAUUGGAACCUCGGACACGCCGGGCGCAUAGGCUACUUGGAUGCCAUUGCAGAAUUGGUGGAUUAUCGAAAAGUGAAUGGAGUAUCGGAAUCGGUAUUGAGGGGGCUGACUUCAACAGAAAUGUACUUGAAAAAGGUGCGCAAAACCGUUUCCAAAAUGAUGCGGUUGCAGUGGACCAGUGAGCUCGACAUCGAUGCCUUAGAAGCCAAGGGGCACUGGGCCACACUAGAAGAACUGUUGGAAGUCGUGGGUCGCUACCUGCCUCGCUACGAGAACGUGCUGAAAUCAUGCAAAGAGAAAUCGGGUGCUGUUUUGCCAAUAGAUUUAUCUUUUGCUACCAAAUUUGUGGCCGUCUGUUUAUUUAUCAAGGUCAAGGGCUCGCGCCCCAUGACAUAUCAGUACUUAACAUUGGAAAUGGUGAGCAAAGCCAAGACUAACGGUGGAUUUGUAGACCAGAAAAUUUUCAAAACGGCUGGCAAAUAUGGCUUCGAUUCUCUUUACCUGACUGAGACGAGCAUGCAAGUUUUGGAUGGCUACAUCAACCACAUUCGCCCCCUACUCAUACCGACCUGCGACUUUGUAUUGGUCACAAGAAGUGGAGGGCAGCACCAAAAACUGGAAGGGCUAAUGAGUAAACUGGUCUUUGAUGCAACGGGAAAGUACGUUCACCCGACUCGCUAUAGACAGACAGUGGAGACCGCGAGUUCCAUCUCCGAGGACCAGAAACAUAGCUCUGUUGUUGCAAGGGUUCACUAUCAGAAGCAGCGAUCGCGCGAGGUGACAAGUAAAGCACAUGAAUAUUUGGAAAGACUGCAUGGAGACAAAGGGUCAGAGCUUGAAAUAGACGUGCGCUCGAGGCUUUCAGGCGAUUCUGCGUCUUCUGAAGAUCGAAAUGGUAGCAAAACUGAUAGUUCCUCAAACGACGAGAGAGAAACGAUCGCAGAAACACCACCCAAGCGUCUUUCAGGUGUCCCGAGACUAAAGCGGGAAAAUGCGUUUAUAGUGUCGCGUUUCCCGGCGAGAAAAAAGAGUCUGAUGUUCACCCUGAAGAAGACAAUUAUCUUAACCCUAUUCAGACUGGGGCGGGGGGGGCGCUUUUCGAACCCCCCCUCCGGCAAAAUCGUGAUAACUCCUACACCGAAAGAGCUAUGACGUUCAAAUUUUUCUGACUUUUCCUAAAAUUUAUCUAGGAACAUUUUGGUAUAAUUACCAUGUCCAUGUGAUUAAUCAUGUUGCCAUGGCAACCAGUUUCUGACAUUACAUCAAAAUGUUUCAAGAUCGAAUAUUUGGGGGGGGGGGAGGGGUGGGGUAAAAUUUGUCACUUUUUUGCUUUGACAAAUAUGCCUCUCUAUUUUCCAAAUAACGCUUCCAAAGUCAUUUGUUUGGGUAAUAAACAUUAGUUUGAUACUUCUUUUAUACAUUCUGAGCUUUUUCCCCUUUGAAAGUUGCUUUAAAUUAUAAUUUUAACAAAAAAACGGAAAUCCAAGAUGGCGGAACCUCCUUCUCCUCACCCCGAUCCUUCUCCUCAUCCCCCUCCCCUUUCCCACCCCUAUCCUCACCCUCAUCCUCCUCCUCAUCCUCCUCCUCAUCCCCAUCCCCCUCCCCCUCCCCACCCUCCUCCUCCUCCUCAUCCUCAUCCUCAUCCCCAUCCCCAUCCCCAUCCUUAUCCUCACCCUCAUCCCCCACCAUCCUCAUUCUCAUCCUCAUCCCUAUCCUCCUCCCCAUCCUCAUCCUCAUCCUCAUCCCCAUCCCCAUUCCCAUCCUUAUCCUCAUCCUCAUCCUCAUCCUCAUCCCCAUCCCCAUUCCCAUCCUUAUCCUCAUCCUCAUCCUCAUUCUCAUCCUCAUCCCUCAUCCCUAUCCUCAUCCCCAUCCUUAUCCUCAUCCUCAUUCCCAUCCCCAUCUCCUUCCUUAUCCUUAUCCUCAUCCUCAUCCUCAUCCUCAUCCCCAUCCUCAUCCUCAUCCUCAUCCU